UUUAAGAUGAAAUUAACGUUUAUCAAAAAGUCUUUGUAAACUCCAAUAUAUCACGAUGCAUGCUGCUUAGCAUGGAAUUAUAUUAUGUCAUAGUAACAAUGUCAUAAGAAGGACCAAACUGAACGCUCAGUCCAACAGUUUACAUUUUGGGCCUGUAAUGAAAAAAAGGUAGAAAAAGGCAGAACAGCAAGAAUGGAACAAAAAAAAGCGCCGUUGCCGGGGAUCGAACCCGGGUCACCCGCGUGACAGGCGGGAAUACUUACCACUAUACUACAACGACUUUUGUUGAUUAAAGUUCAACAAAAUUAUAUAUAUCACAUAUAUUUCAUCUUAACAUGUUGAAACAAAACAAUGCUCCCACUAUGUUUUGUUAGUUGAUAACAUCAAAAAAUAAAAGGAAUUAUUUGGAUUUACUUUCAAGCAUAUUACAACAAGAAAAGUUAAAACUAUGUUAUUUUGCUCGGGUCUGCAAAAUACAUUGUAAACUUUGUCAAUUGAUUAUUUAUUGUUGCAAACCAUUUCAAAUUUUUCUGACUUGUCUGGAAAAGAGAAUGUUUUUGUGUUCAAGUUCCUUUUGCAAAAAAAAAAAAAAAAAAUCUGGUACAAACAUUAAAACUGCAACGAAUAUGAAACAAUCUAAAAGCUUCACCAAAUUUUAAAAACUACAAAAUAGUUUAACUGUGAUUAAAAUUUGAAAAGAUGAUCAAAUUAACAGAUACCGGUCACCUUUUUUUUGAAUAGUAUCGAUCACCUUUAAUAAGUCUUGAAUUAUGUUCACUGAUAUGAAUCAGAAGGGCCUAAUCCGCUUGAGUCACUUAUUCAUAAGGCAUAACUGAUUUGAACAUUAAAUCUGCCAAAUAUGCAAAUACAAAAAAAAUGCUAUUAUAUUAAGGAAGAAAUGAAAACAAAGAGACUCUUUCGAAGAUUAAUGUUUCCGAGGUUUUGACCAUUGACGGUUCAAACUAGCUAGUGCUAUAGCGCUAUAUGUAUUGUUCAACACAUACUACUUUCUAUGUCGCACGUGCUGCGCUCGUGGGUAACAACAGUGUACACCACACAUGCUAUGUGAUAAAACAGUUGGCGUCUCACGUGCUAUAGCAUUGCAUAACCGAGUAAACGAGAAAGAAUUAUUCCUUUUGCAUGUGGACAGAUAAUUUUGGGCCAUUCCCUUUGUUUUGAGAGUUUCCGAACUCAAGAAUCUAGGUCUUAUCUUUUGUUUUUCUUGAUCCUUCUGUUGCUUGUUUUUAGAUAACCACGAUUAAGAGAUUAACCUUAAAAAAGUGUAAAUGUUCACUUUAAAAUAAGGAUUUGUAAAUGUUCAUAUACAUUUCUUAGGGCUGGACAUGUAGGUAAUAGAUGUCAAGUUGAGUCGAUUAUCACUCAUUUCGUAGUGAUCAUUUAUUCUCUUUUUGAGUUGGAUAUUUUGAGAUAUUAUAAGGAUAGUUAAAGUUGUUUUUAGUUUCGUCGGUCGUCAUUAGAUCUAGUGGAAACUGGAUCGUAGAAUUUGAGAUCAUGCCAAAGGAGAUUGCUGAUAUCAUAUUUUCAUGUAUUGAUCUUUUUCUAUAGUUAAUUCUCGAAGACGCAAUGUAUUGAAAUUAUAUUUGGAUAUUUUCGUAUAAAAUAAUUUUAAAAAGCAGUGUAAAAGAGGUAGUUAACUUAAAGCUCACGAGAUCCAAAUGCGGGCGAACGUUGGAACAGCUAAAUCCACGUCUAAGAUGACAAGGGCUUAUGAUUACAAAUAUGAUCAGCAAAUAUUCUCUUCCUAUGCAAUUUCUGAAUUCAAUAUUAUUAAUUUAUUUGUCUCCCUCCUAAGCUUGUUCAAAAUCUAUCCGCCUGGCUAUACUAAUCUUAACCUAACAUCCAUUUUGAAACUUAACAGAAAGUUGAGUCCAAUUUUCUUACAUCGAAUAAGUCGAUAAUAUACUCACGUAGAUGAUAGUCAAUCGAAAGCAGAGACAGUUCUAAAACUAAAAUUAAUUCUCCAAAUACUUGAGAAAACAUUUUUUGAAAAUUGUAGAAGUGUUGUAGAGACUACCGAUGAGAGAAACUUAAACUGGCUUAAUAAUGAAUACCACCAGUGCGGUGCCGCCAAAUCCGCAAAUCUCCAUUGCAUAUCAAUUAACAAAAGUGUACAAUGUUACUUAGCAAACAAUUCAAACUCAACCAAAAUAUCAACUUUACUACUUUCCUUUUGUAGUAUUCUUGAAAGUAAAUAACGCCAAUAAAACUUGCACAAAACGCAAACGACUGACCAAUUACGAAAUAAUAUAAGGUGUGAUUGGUGAUUAAAGAAUAAGAAAAAACAUUCAAUUCCUUCUGAUUUUCAUAAAAACACACAAUUAUUCAUAAGGAAUUAAUUUUCUUUUCUAUUUCUUAUCUUUUUUUUUUGUAGAGAAUAACAAAGCAAAAUUAUUCCUUAUUAUUUUUGAGGAGGAACAAUCAUUUCUACUCAUUCCUUUAAUUUUAUUUCUCUUCAUUCUAUUUUUAUUUGUUUUUAGUGUUCCUCAAAUGGUCACCAGUCAUACGUUUUAACAAAAAUUAGCAAAAAAAAACAAUACCAAACUGAAGAUCCUUAAAAUGCUUUUUAUUAGAAAAAUUGAUACUUGGAGAUAAAGAAAAUGUUGAGGGUUCAUGUGGAUAUAGUCUAUAUUUUUUGCUCUUUAUUUCAAAACCAAAUAGUUGGCUCUAGUCUAAUUGACUAUCUGAAAAAAAAAAUGAUUUUGUGAAGUCUCUUUGAUGAACUGCAAAUAAACAGGAAGAAGCCCUUUCGACUUAAGGGAGGGUAAUAGGUUGAGAGUAACAAGACGUUAUUUGAUCAAGGUUAGGUGAAAGAGGCAGUAGUCAACCCCAAAGGUUGACAGAUAGUAUUACUUAUUAGAGCAAGUCCAUUGAAGGUUCAAAGGGGGGUCAUGGGCUGAGUUUCAUAGCAUUUUUAAUCCAAAAGAAAAUGAAAAAUGGGUCUUUAUCUCUGAACCGGGCCGUUGGAGAGAGCCCGCAUGAAACGAGUUCAAGCCACGUGGAGAAGAGUUAUUGGCUGUUGAGACGCGCGUUGUCGACGGGGAAAGGAGAAGAAACGCGUGAAUCUCCUCAUUUCCUCCUCUCUCCAAAAAAGCUAGGGUUUGCGACUCGAGAGGCGAUUGUUGUAGCGACGCCGACGAUUCUUGUAGCGACGCCGAUCCAGAGCAAAAUUGUCCAUCAAAUCGACGCGUAGUGAGAUCUCAUCGACCUGAGAUGGAUCCCGCAGAAGAAAGACGAAAUUCAAAGAAGCAAAAGGAUCACUGCGACAUGUUAGGGUUUGUCGCGGAUUCACAGUACGGGGUUCCAAGAAAGUGUGCUUGCGGCGGGAGAAUCAUUGACGAGGUUCGGGGGAAGGAAGACUACGACAGUCUUCCUGGAAAGCGUUUCUUCACAUGCGUAAACUAUGAGGAUGAUGGGUUGCAUUACCGUCAUCCUUGGGUGGUUGCUGUCCAGGAAGAGAUCAAAACGCUGAGCACGCGUCUGGAUGAGGCAGAGGAGGUUGUGAAGGGGGUGUGGAAACUCAAUAAACGGAUUAAGGACCUAGAGGAACAGGUUUCAACCCUCUCCGAGCAGGUUGAUGAUCUCACUGUCGAGGUGGGUACCCUUGAGAAGGUGUGUUUCGACUGAUAAUCAGAGGUCACGGGAUCAUCAUGUCUGGAUCACGGGUUGCUUUGUCUGAUGUUGCUUGGCUGUUGUUUCUUUUUCUCUACGGAUGCAGUGUACUAUUUUGUUAGUUUGUACACUGCUACUAUGUUAUGAAUUCACGGGUUGUACUUUGUUUCUACACUACUCUCAUGUCACGGGUUUUAUGUAACAAACAAGCAUAUAUUAAUAUGCUCUCUUCACGUAUGUUUCUAUAUGAGAACUCAACUUCUUCUCAUUGUUUCUCUGUCUGAAAAGAAAAAUUUCAUUGCUAAACUUAAACAGUUCAUAUAGUAUUUGAAUCGCACUUGAUCUACUACCAACGAAGAACACAAGAGCACUUGAACAUUUCCUCUUCUAUCUCAUUUCGAAAGAGUAAUCGGGUAUAUUUCACUACUUGUACAUUACUUAUUCACUAGAGUAAUCGGGUAUAUUUAUCUUUUUGUAGUUAAACAUUGGCAAUAAGUUACUAAAAACUGACAUUUUAAAAAUUGUAAAAAUUUCAUGAGUUUAAAAUUUCACUAAUCUAUAGUUUAAAAAUUAAAAUUUCUUGAGUUUAAAACUGAUAUGAGUUUAAAACUGACAUUUUAAAAAUUCUAAAAAUUUCAUGAGUUUAAAUCUGACAUGAGAUUUUGUAAGUAGAGUAUGGUAUUGUUUAAAACUCUAUAUAGUUUUUCGAUUUUGUAAGUAGAGUAUGGUAUUGUUUAAAACUCUUAACAUUUUAAAAAUUAGGGAAAAAUGUCAAGCUCCUCAAAUGAUGAAGUAUAUGAGGUAUUUGAAGAAAUGGUCGACGAACAAAUUGAUGAUUUCAUGGACUCCGUUAUUGCCAACAACCCGAAGAGACGAGGGUAUAUCGAAAGAGAUCGGGAACAAGGACACAAUCAACUAUGGCACGACUAUUUUAGCGAAAAUCCAACAUACCCACCGGAAAUGUUUAGGCGGCGUUUUCGAAUGAACAAACCUUUGUUCCUUCGCAUUGUCGAACGCCUAAAUAAUGAAGUUCCAUACUUUCAGCAACGAAGAAAUGGUCACGGAAGGUGCGGCCUAUCUGCACUUCAAAAAUGCACUUCAGCGAUACGAAUGUUGGCAUAUGGUAAAGCCGGAGAUGCGAAUGACGAAUAUCUCCGACUUGCGGCAAGUACUGCACUUUUAUGUUUGGAAAAUUUCACGGAUGCGAUAAUACUAUUGUUUGGAGGUGAGUAUCUAAGAAGCCCUACACCAGAAGAUCUUCAAAGACUACUUGACGCUGGAGAGGCACGCGGGUUUCCGGGUAUGAUAGGCAGCAUCGAUUGUAUGCAUUGGGAGUGGAAAAACUGCCCAACGGCUUGGAAAGGUCAGUACACACGUGGUUCAGGAAAGCCGACAAUCGUCUUAGAAGCUGUGGCAUCACAAGAUCUUUGGAUAUGGCACUCAUUUUUCGGAUUACCAGGUACCCUCAACGAUAUCAAUGUUCUUGAUCGGUCACCAGUUUUUGAUGACAUUUUACAAGGUCGAGCCCCUAAAGUUAAGUUCAAGGUCAACAACCACACUUAUCGUAUGGCCUACUAUCUUACCGACGGAAUUUAUCCUAAUUGGGCAACAUUUAUCCAAUCCAUCAAACUCCCUCAAGGUCCAAAAGCAGAGUUAUUUGCUGAACGUCAAGAAUCCACCAGAAAAGAUGUCGAACGGGCUUUUGGAGUAUUGCAAUCGAGGUUUGCAAUUGUUAAGAACCCAGCUCUACUAUGGGACAAGGAGAAGAUAGGAAAGAUAAUGAGAACUUGUGUCAUAUUGCACAAUAUGAUAGUGGAGGACGAGCGACACGGAUACAUUCAAAUUGAUACAUCUGAGUUCGAGUCUGGAGAGUCUAGUCGAAGUUCGAAGGUGAAAAGUAGAGAAAGUGUCAAUGUCCCUAUGCUUACCAUUCGCAAUCAAAUUCGAGAUCCACAUUUACAUGAGCGUUUGAAAGCUGAUUUAGUUGAAAAUGUUUGGGAAAAAUUUGGUAAUCAUGAUGAAUAAUCUUUGUAUGUUCAUGAAUUCUCAAUGUAUUGAAUAAAAACUUUUAAGAAAUAUUAUAAAAAAUUUAUGAAUUGAAUAAAACCAAACUUUAUUCCAUUAUAUUGAAUAUUCACUUUUCAAAAUUUAAAAACCAAAUUUAUUUCCAUUUGAUUGAAUACAAUUCUCAUUAUAUUAAAUAUUCACUUUUCAAACAACAAAAAAAUUAACGUUUUUCUCAAAUAAAUAAUAUUAUUUUAUUCUUAUAAACUCACUUUCAGGUUCAUUGAUGGAGAAGCAGUAUUGAUCCGGGUUCAUCACUAUUCAGACCCCACCAUUAAAUUAAUAAACAAUACUUAUGAACCCCAAGAGGGGGUUCAUUGAUGGACUUGCUCUUACAUACUUAUGAAGCAAAGAGACUUCACAUUUGAGUUGAACGGAUGAUCCCUUUCUGUCACUAUUUAUCCUUAUAGGCUUUCGGCGGGAAAUUCGAAUGAUAAGUUUGGCAUGACAUUUAUAGAUUUUCUUUGUUUUUUUUUCUUUGCUUUGGUUCUUGUUUAGUCCACUCCAAUUAUUAUUUACUCUAUUAUCACCCAAUUCAAAAUUCGGUAUAAGGUAAGUUGCCCCAACCAUUCAUCUGCUCUUAUUCGUAUUCAAUUUUUAUUCUACAAAAGAUUACUUGUUUUAUUUUAAUUACUUGUUUUUUCUAAUGGUCUGUGGAAUGAAGACAGCUACUGUAAAGCAUAUGCUGGCAGACACAACCCACCUUCAGUUGCCUCCCCGCACGCGCUAUUCCUUUCGUGUGUAACCCAAUUCCCUUAAGCUCUGCUGAUCUGCUCUCUCACUGCCCAUAAUUUUUUAGUAAAGACCAAUCUGAUUAAUCCCGUCGGGAAUUACGGAAUAAAAAUGGAUUCCACCGCAGUUUCUCUUGUUCUUAUUACAAUAUCAGCAGCUUUCUCAAACAUUAUUUAAAGAAACAGAUUUACAUAAACGCAUUAACGAAGUUUAUAAUAUUAUUGUGGGUGGGGCUCUUAGUUUUUAAUAGUAGUAUGAUAAUAUAAGUCAGACAUUUGAGAGUAGAGUCCGGAGACAAUAUAUGCAACUAGGGGCGCACAAUAUUUGGCAUAACAUAUUAGUUUAUUAAACUAUAACUUUUUAGAGUUUCUUUCGUUUAAAAAUGCUGUUUAUGUUUUCUUGCUUCUAUACAUAUUCCAAAGAUAAGAAAAUAAAAAGAAAGAAGAGAAGGAAGAUCUGUUCCCGCUCUUUUGACUUAACGGUGCUGUCCUUUUCGGCAGGUAAAAUCUGGACCCCACCACCAUUUCACUUCUGUCUUUUUCUUUUUUUUAUUAUAUGUCUCCCUAAAAUAUCUAGGGCGGGAGAUUUAUACAGUUUUAUACAAAACGUCAGACGGAGAAGGAGAGGGACGGAUGACUGAUUAAAAGCUGAAAAUACCACGUCAGCUGUAUUCAAAUUUCCUGAGUGGUCACGAGAUUUCUAUGAACCUAAUUUCAAAAUCAAAUAAUGAAAGAAUACAAACCUACAUAAUAGGGGCCUUCAGUGGUUACCAGAAAGAAAACCGAUUAACCCUUGGUACUUAAUCAUGUGCCGGUUGGUUAUAGGAAGUUAGUUGCAAUUAGCGCAAUUAUUUAAAUGUGUAUCAAAGAUACUUAAUGCAGCGUAACUAUUCAGUAGUAAAUGUAAUUAUAAAUAAUGGGGGAAAAGCAGGUAGAGAAGAGGAGAAAAUAUGAGAGUGCAAAUGAUGAGAAGGAUUUGCAUGAGAAAAAGAGAGGAAGGCGUAAUUAUGAAGUGUUCUAUGCUUUUUAUUAGCCCACAUAAUAUACUUUUUAAAUAUAAAUAGAUACUACAAAGACUGAGAUUUUGUUAAGAGGGUAAUUAAAAAGAUUACAAGACCCAUGAAGCUGUAAAUGACAACUUAACUGGGAUUAAGUGGGUUCCACCUGUUUUCUGAUGCAUGCCUCGUGCCAUACACAAUAGAGUAAAGAGUAAUUCUUGGGUUCACCCCCUAGGGUGAACCUCUAGGUUCACCAAC